UCUCUCUCUCUCUCUGUUCAUAAAAAUGCUUCCAAGGUUAUGGAGUCCUUUCAAGUUGGAGGAUAAAGAGAUCAUCAUCAAUGGGGAGAGCAUAAAAAAUAAGUGCUCAAAAAAUAUUUCAUUAGCUGUUGGGUUGCAAAUCCUUGUACAGAUUUCACAUGGUGAAUCCAAUGUUCUUGUGAAAUCUCAUGCAAUAUCGAAAAGCCAACCAACAUCUCAAGCGCGUGAUCAUGUUCAGACCAAAUCUCUUGAAUAUUCUUGUUUUCUGAAAACAUGUCGGUUAUGCAGCAAGAAAUUAAGCCCACAUGAAGAUGUAUACAUGUACAGGGGUGACCAAGGGUUUUGCAGUGUAAAGUGCCGCGACAGCCAAAUAGUUUUGGAUGAAAUGAGAGAAGUAGAAAGUACUUCUACCAAGCAAAUGCUAUCACCUUAUCAUGGGCAUCGUUGCAACAGUGGCCGGCGUGAGACUCAAAUCCUCCUGCAGGAAUUCCGUCAGCUACAUGAGCGUAGGCCGAGGAUCCGUUGUCAAGCAAAUUGGGCAAUAGUUUCAUAGCCUCAUUGC